AUGGCCAAGCACCUUGCCUAUGAAGUAGAGUUGCCAGGCAGAGCGCCUCAUGAAGGGGCCGACACCGCCAGCAAAACGUCUGCAAAUGGCCAUGACGGCUCAGAAGGCACGCCUACCAAAGAUGUUGUCGAGUUCAAUCCAGCCGGUAUCAACCGUAUCGAGGCCUUCUACGCCGUCUUUGGAAGAUCGUGGCUGCUCUGGAGCUUCUGGGGUACCUUUACGCUGUGGAACUUUGCCUACGCUCUCAGUAGCGAUACUACCUCUACCUACCUCACCUUCGCCGAGUCUUCCUUUAGUGCUCUGGAUCUCCUUGCAACGAUUGCCGUCGUCUCUUCCAUUGUGUCUGCUGUAUCCCAGCCUUUCUGGGCAAAGUGGGCUGACCUUUGGUCCAGGCACUGGGCUCUCCUAGGAUCUCUCAUCCUCUACACUGUGGGGUAUGCAGCUACUGCAGGAGCGGAUAAUGCGUCGACCCUCGCCGCUGGACAAGUCUUGUACAGUGCCGGGAACGCAGGGCUGAGCUUUAUGUUGACACUCAUAGUCGGCGAUCUGACAUCGUUGAGAUGGAGAGGACUGGUAAAUGGCGUAUUGUCGUUUUCGUAUGUGCCCUUUGCUUUCCUAGCUGGAAACAUCACCUCCGGAAUCGAGCUAACGAAUUGGAGAUGGGGAUACGGAAUGUUCUGCAUCAUCAUGCCCGUAUGUGUAGCCCCUAUCAUUCUCAUGCUCCUUUGGGCCGAUCGUAAAGCCAGGAGAGCUGGAGGUGAGUCUUCCCUCUCAUCGAUUUUCGACGCUGCGCAAGUUGUUGCUGACCGUAGCUAUGGCAAUCUGUAUCUGAUAAGAACUGUCAUUUCUUCUACUGAUGCCAUCGGUCUUCUACUUUUGGGCUUUUCGUUCGCCUUGCUGCUCUCCCCACCAACCCUUGAAGCUGGGGCCUCUGGAGGUUGGGACAACCCUUCUAUGAUCGCAAUGUUUGUCACCGGAGGUGUCCUCUUCAUCGCCUUCUGUCUCUGGGAGUGGAAGAUAGCUGCUCACCCGAUCAUGCCCCUGCGGGUCCUCAACAGGACGUUCCUCCUAUGUCUAGGCAUCGACUUUUUCUACUACCUCACGGGGUACCUCACCGACGUCUACUGGUCCUCUUGGCUAUACGUAGUGACUGAUUACUCCACCAAGGACUACACGUACAUGACUGAGAUCGAGACGGUGACACUCUGCAUCUUUGGUCUCCUUGCUGGAAUCGUUCAGGCCUACACGGGCAGGUACAAGUACCUCCAGGUUGGAGGACUCGCUGUACGCUGCAUCGGCUCGGGUAUCAACUACUACCAGACGUAUGGACAUACAAGUACCGUCGUCAUCUUCUUUGCCAAGUUUCUGCUGUGCGCAGGAGGAGGCAUCUCUGUAGUGGGAAGUCAAGUCGCUUCUCAAGGAUCUGUCAAACACAAGGAUCUAGCAGUGGCCAUUGCCGUUCUUGCUCUUUGGACCUCCAUUGGAGGGGCCAUUGGGGAAGCUGCCAGUGGAGCCAUUUGGGACAAGCAGCUCCCACUUCAAUUGGCAAAGUACGUCCCAAGCCUCAGCGCCGAUCAAAUUGCCUCGAUUGCAGCAGACGUCACUGCCGCACAGGCUGCAGAGCCCAGAGCUCAGAUCAUCGAAGCCUACAAUGCUACUUAUAGAGCGCUCAGUCUUCCCGCUCUGAUCCUCGUCUUUGUCCCACUGGUCAUGGCCUGCUUCACCUCCAACUACCGACUCGACGCAAGACAGAAUGUUUGUGAAGACGUCGUUGUGGAGCCCCGCUCUCAGGGCGAGGUGGAUGCGGAGCUUAGGGAGAUCGAACAAGCAAAGGCGAUAGAGAAAGCUUAG